GCCUUGCAUAAAGAGACAUAAUUUCCCUGCAUAUGUUCUACAUAUCAUGGAUGUGCUUUGCCAACUGCUUUACACUAAAAAAGUAAUCCCUUCAUAUACACUUCUGCAGGUAGAGUUUGAAUUAUUACUCAACCCCGAGUCCUUCACUCGUUUUCCACUACUUGCCCCUCUGGUUUGGCUGGAUUCUUUGCACUGCACCUGGUUCACACCCUUUUUGCUACCUCCCACCUUCAAUACUGUCUGUAUUAGAUUCCAGCUAUUGCCAUCUUUAAAUAACUAGUCUCCCAUCACGACAGAAGUGCUCAUCCACAGUUGAAUUCUGCUCACAGGAAGGAAAGUACAGAAUCUGUCCUUGAAAGUUCUUGUUUCAAGAAGAAAUAUUAGCCUACCUGGAAAAGCAAGAGAACUUUAAUCUGCUUUUUCUUUAGUUCCUUAAUGAUGGGUAUAGUUUAAACACGGAGAAACAACUUUUUAUUGCAAGUGAAUGGCAAGUCUUGUACGCUGUCUGGGAAAAUCACAAUCAUGAAAAAUAUAGGAAACGUCAGCAAGUUUAUUAUGAUUAUAAUUGGCUUCUUUGCAUCAACUUUACUUAUUUCAUUUUCUGUUUCUCUUAAAGCAUCGUAUAAGCACAUAACAUUUAUGAUGUCACAAAAUAGAAGUCAGUCAGACAAUGCAAAACCCACUGUAUCCACAGUGCCCAAAAUAUAUCCAUUAGACUUUGUUUAUCCAUAUAACUAUAAUUUUGUCAUCAAUGAACCAGACAAGUGUAAGCAAAAUGUUCCAUUCCUGGUUCUUCUCAUCACAACACACCCCACAGAGAUUGAACAAAGGCAUGCAAUCAGAAGGACCUGGGGUAAUGAAAAUUGGGUGCCAGGUGUCACAAUUAUAAGACUUUUUUUAACAGGCCUUCCAAGCACAUUUACCAAGUCUGUUCAAGAUAUACUAGAAGAAGAAAGCAUGACAUUCCAUGACAUCAUUCAGCAGGACUUCAUGGAUGUCUAUGUCAACCUGACCAUAAAAACAAUGAUGGGACUUGAAUGGCUGAAGAAAUUUUGUCCCUAUGCUUCUUAUGCCCUAAAAACAGACUCUGACAUGUUCAUUAAUACCGAGUUGUUGGUCCGCACCAUCGAUCCAAAAGUGCCAGCACGGGAAAACUAUUUCAGUGGUUACCUAUUGCAAGGACAUCAUCCACCGCGAUCUAAAGCAGACAAAUGUUAUAUUCCCCCUGAGCUAUAUGAGAGGAAUGAUUUUCCUCCGUACUGUAUAGGGGGAGGCUAUUUCUUUUCCAUAGACAUGGCUUCAAAGAUUUAUGAUAUUGCUCAGGUUAUUAAACCCUUCAAUGUAGAGGACGCUUUUGUUGGAGUUUGUCUGGAAACACUAAAAAUCAAAAUCACAGUGACUCCCAACUCUUUGUUUGGGAUAUUCAAAGUAAAGUAUGAUAAGUGCAAAUACGCGGGUCUCAUAUAUGUCCAUCAGGUUAGAGCAAAUGAGCUUAUAGAAAACUGGCCAGAUUUUUUAACUGCAAAUACCACCUGUCCAGUGUUAAAACCAUCUAAUUAAACUACACACUGAUCUGAAUUACCUGGCUAUACCAGGCACACCAUGUUAUACACAUUAAUGUGAAAGAUGGGUGAGAAUAUCUGUGCUGUUACAACUAAAAGCAUUUAAGACAUUGGAAGAUAACACUGAAUCACUACCUUAUGACAGUAAAAUUAUAUGCACCUCUAUAUAUCAACAUGUGAUUAAAUAAAAUAAAUGUGUAAAUAAAGAGAACUGCCCACAUUGCCAUUCUAAAGGACAGAAAAUGGACAUUUUAUUGACCUAAGGCUACAGCAUAUCUGUCUAUAAUGGCAGUUAGUAUAGUUAGAUUAUGUAUUAAUUAUUGAAACACAGUGCAUAUGUGCAGAAUAUUAACAUUAUAUAAAAUGUAAAACCCAGGUUUAGAAGUCAACAGCUGUAGGUUUUUGUAAUAUACUGAUAUACCAACCACUAGCAAAUGCGCAGCAUAAUUGAUAGUGUUGAUUCUAUUAUUUUACAGCAUUUAUAUUAGAAACACUAUGUAUGAAGUUAUUCAGAAAAUUAAGUUGCAUAUAUGCAUAUUUUGUGGGCUCUUUGGGAAAAAUACAUUUUGUUAAGGUUUAUAUUCUUUGCCAGAAUGCUGUUAUUGUACCUUGACUUUAUUUUUCCACAUUAAAAAUUUCAAAAUAAGGAUGGUUUACAUUUCUCAUUAACUAUGCAUCCCAUCAGAGAUGUUAUUUCUCGACCUCCACAUAGAUGUAUAUACAUACAAAUGCAUGCACAGGAUACUGUGAUAUAGCAAUGAUAUUUAAGUACUAUUGCAAUGAUAUAACAAUGAAAUUUAAAUACUAUUGAGUCUCAAUAGUAUUUAAAAAUCACCUUACAGCUGAAUCAUUGGAAAUCUCCUACCCUGACUUGAGCAAUACUGAACUUAUUCUUUCUAGACUCAAACUUAAC